AUGUUCGGCAUUUCUGAUGAUUCCGUUUUCAGUGAUUUCGAAAAUAAUGAGCUCCAGAAUCCCUGUCCUAGGAAGGAGCUAGAUGGAAGGACGAUCUAUACCUCCCGCAAGCUCAGAAUGCCCAAAACACUAGGCGCGCCUAUCCUCUGCGAUUUUGGUUCAGCUGUGAUGGGCGAUGAGGAGCACUCGGAAGACAUCCAGCCGGAUAUAUAUCGAGCACCGGAAGUGAUCUUGCAAGCUCCAUGGUCAUAUAGCGUCGACAUAUGGAAUGUGGGCUGCGUGAUUUGGAACCUCUUCGAAGGGGGAUCGCUGUUUAGUGGCCAGGACCCAGAGUAUCAGACUUAUAGGAGUCGGGCUCAUCUUGCCGAAAUGAUACGCCUACUCGGCCCACCACCGCCAGGCCUCCUUGCCCGUGGAAACCUGACGCAAAAUUUCUUUUCCGAGGAAGGUGACUUGUGCGCCGCAGAAUUAGUGGGAGAGCACAUCCCCCUUGAGCAAAGAGAGACCAGUCUUGAGGGAGAGGAAAAAGAGAAAUUUCUCUGCCUAGUACGAAAAAUGCUACAAUGGGAGCCGGAAAAACGAAGCUCUGCUAUGGAACUCGAGCAGGACGAGUGGGUGCAAGCCCAAUUACACAAAUAG